GUGUGAUCUUGUGACCGUGUGAUUGUGUGAUCUUGUGAUCGAGUGAUCUUGUGACCAUGUGAUCGUGUGAUCUUCGUCUCUCUGCAGACUCUCUGGAGUUGAUCGCCACGGCAGCAGAACACUCCAACGCUGCCAUCAAGAAAAUGGACCGAAUGAGGAAGUUGUUGAAGGUGUACGAGUUGUUGGGCGGAGAGGAAGAUAUCGUUAACCCGACAAACGAGCUCAUUAAAGAAGGACACAUCCUAAAACUGUCCAACAAGAACGGGACCACGCAGGACCGAUACCUCAUCCUGUUUAACGACAGGUUGCUGUACUGCGUCCCAAAGCUGCGUCUGAUUGGUCAGAAGUACGGAGUCCGUGCUCGCAUCGAUGUGGACGGGAUGGAGCUGAAGGAGACCAGCAGUGUUGCAGCAUCCAGAACAUUCCUGGUGUCGGGAAAACAGAGAUCUCUGGAGCUGCAGGCCAGGACGGAGGAGGAGAAGAACGACUGGAUUCAGGCGAUCCAGGCGACGAUCCAGAGACACGAGCAGACGAUGGACAGCUUCAGACAUCUCACCUGUUCUCUGAGAGACGAAGAGUCCACGCCGCCUCACUCACCGGUAACACCUGGUCUCAGAGCAGAGGACACUCACCUGUUAUCUUUAAUGCUGAGGGAAGUCUCCUUCACGACAGAUACACUGAAUGAAAACAUCUGUUUAGAGAAUAUAACGAAGCACACGGUGAAGAACUGAUACAGCUGCUCAUUAUGGGAUGUUUGUAAAUGAUUCAUAACUGAUGACGCUGUUAGAACUAAAGAAGUGGUGUCCUUCUCUUCUCCUGUCCUUCUGUCCUCUCCUUCUCUCCUUCUGUCCUCUCCUCCUGUCCUUAUAUCC